AUGAGGCUCUUCUUGUGGAGCUCGGUCCUGACGCUGCUGGUCCCAGCGCUGAGCGGGGCGCUGAUCCCCGAGCCGGAGGUGAAGAUCGAGGUGCUGCAGAAGCCGUUCAUCUGCCACCGCCAGACCAAAGGCGGGGACCUGAUGCUGGUCCACUACGAAGGCUACUUAGAGAAGGAUGGCUCCUUAUUUCACUCCACCCACAAACAUAACAAUGGCCAGCCCAUCUGGUUUACCCUGGGCAUCCUGGAGGCUCUCAGAGGCUGGGACCAGGGCUUGAAGGGCAUGUGUGUGGGAGAGAAGAGAAAGCUCGUCAUUCCUCCUGCCCUGGGCUAUGGGAAAGAAGGAAAAGGUAAAAUACCCCCAGAGAGCACACUGAUAUUUAACAUCGACCUCCUGGAGAUUCGAAAUGGACCAAGAUCCCAUGAAUCAUUCCAAGAAAUGGAUCUUAAUGACGACUGGAAACUCUCUAAAGAUGAGGUUAAAGUGUAUUUGAAGAAGGAGUUUGAAAAGCAUGGUGCGGUGGUGAAUGAAAGUCAUCACGAUGUUUUGGUGGAGGAUAUUUUUGAUAAAGAAGAUGAAGACAAGGAUGGAUUUAUAUCUGCCAGAGAAUUUACAUAUAAACAUGACGAGUUAUAG